AUGAAUGCCAAUCCGAUGGCUGCUGUUGCCUCCGCCGUGCCUGCAGGCACCUUUGUGUCCGGCACCAAGGUGCAGGUCGGAAGCCACCGAGUCGUGAUAGAGAAAUAUCUGUCCGAAGGCGGAUUCGCCCAUGUCUACGUCGUCCGCCUCUCGAAGCCAGUCGACGGCGUCGAGACCGCCGUCUUGAAACGGGUGGCUGUCCCUGACAAGGCCUCGCUGGCCAACAUGAGGACCGAGGUGGAAACCAUGAAGCGGCUGAAGGGUCACAAACAUAUCGUCACAUACAUCGACUCACAUGCGUCACAGCUCAAGGGCGGCGGAUAUGAGGUCUUCUUGCUCAUGGAGCAUUGCGCUGGUGGCGGGCUGAUUGAUUUUAUGAAUAACAGGCUGCAGAACCGGUUGACCGAGCCGGAGAUUUUAAAUAUAUUCGGUGAUGUCACCGAGGGCGUUGCUUGUAUGCACUACCUGAAACCUCCACUCCUGCACAGAGACCUCAAGGUAGAGAACAUCCUCAUUUCCGGCAACGGUCCGUCCCGCUGCUACAAGCUCUGUGAUUUCGGCUCCGCGGCCCCCCCGCGGCCGGCAGCCACCUCUGCUGCGGAGGGUAGAUUGAUCGAGGAUGACGUACAACGACACACCACGCUGCAGUAUCGGAGUCCCGAGAUGAUAGACGUUUAUCGAAAACAACCCAUCGACGAGAAAAGUGACAUCUGGGCCUUGGGAGUCUUGUUGUACAAACUGUGCUACUAUACCACCCCCUUCGACGAGGCCGGCCAGAUGGCGAUAUUGAACGCAAGAUUUAAAUAUCCCGCAUACCCUCCUUUCUCUGACAGGCUGAAACUGCUGAUAGCAUCCAUGCUCAAAGAACACCCUCAAGAACGGCCCAAUAUUUAUCAGGUCCUGCAUCAAACCUGUCGCAUGCGAGGGAAAGAAGUCCCUAUUCGAGAUAUUUACGCCGGCCGUUCGCGAUCCGAAUCAAGACGAAACGAGCAACUACCCAGUCCUCCGUCAAUCGAAACUCCAAAAGUCGGAGCUACAUUCUCACCACCCAUCCAAGAAACCAAGAUCAUCCCAGAUAUUGCUCCUAUGCGGAGAGGCAGGCCGACAAAACCCAACGAUCAAAAAGUUACACCUAAACCGAGCCCGUCCCCGCUCCGGACUACCGGUGAUCCAUUUGCUGCACUUGAUGGAACUAAACGGAAUGCGAAUGCGGACGAACUCUCUUCACGAUUCCCUACACUAGACCAAUUCUCUCUCCUUCAUGAGAAGGGUGGAACAUUUAACUUCGAGCCAACGGCAGCGGAAGCAAAUCCUGCGCCAGACGAUUUGUCUAAGAGAGUCACCAAUGCUCUUGCCGACGAGGCCUUUUCGAAACUUGCGCCGUCUCCUCAGCCGAGUCCUACGCCUGGAGGGCUUCACGCUACAGCCCGAGUAGAUCCAAUGCCAGAGAAGAAGCUAAUACCGUCACCAUACUUGAGAGCAGAACCAGCUCGGCAGCAAGCCCCUAUACAGCAGCCAAUACCACAAAAGCCAGCCAUGGUAUCAACUGGUACAAUGACCUCUCCGUCUCCUGUUAAUCAGCGCUCAGAAAGCCCUUCGUUUUCUCAACGGCCAGUCCACAGGUUCCCGAGCCAGGGGCAUCAGAGGCAGCCGUCAGGCAGCUCUCGAGAGAAUGGUUUGGAACAGCCUCGUUCACAUAGCGGUAGCUUAUCAACGCGACCUAGCUUUACCAGAUUUGAAGCCAAACCAGUCCAACCUGAAGAGCUUCCUAGGUCGCCUGCGUCUUCACGCCCAUCUUUGGAAGGGUCCCGGCCAGCAGCCACCGAUCUCACUGAUCCGCUAACUCGUUCGAAGUCUGCCAACGCAAAAUCUCGACCUACUCCUGCAUAUGUAGGGUCAAGACUGGACUAUCUUAGAGAUAGAGGACGAGACCGCUCGUCCGAAGAAGACGAAACGCUGUUACAUCCAUCGUUAUCAGAGCAAGAUCGCGAAUACAGCCAAUCCAAUAUAUCCUCUGAUGUAGAUUUCUUACGAGCCAAGGAGGAAGAAGAGAUGAAUCGGAAGCGUGAAAAGCGGUUAAGCGGCGGAUCCAAACAUGUUAAACGUGGAAGCUUGUCAUCACUAUCACUAUCAGGAACGAAAACGCUUCUUGCCGGCCGCUUUGGCGAAGCUUUCCGCAGGUUCGAGAAUAACGCUCCCCAAGACCGUAACCAAUCCCCAUCUCCAGAAAACGAUACCCAACAUCUUACUCCCAUUACUGGCUCUGAAGUAACAGAAAUGAGCGAUGAUGGCCGUGGGUAUGAUGGUGCCGAUAUGGACGAUAUAUCGCCUGAAAUGCGCCGGGAGCUAGAACGGCGCCGCCUAUCCAUGGAGGAGAGAAGGGUUGCAGAGGCCGCUGCUCAAUAUCGAUCACAGCUGAAUGAGCGGGAAGAAGGAGGCCCGUCAAGGCCGGCUGGAUUGGGGAUAGGAGGCGGUGUUCGCGCAACAGCCAUUGAAAACAAGGUCCAGUCAUUGCUCAAGGAAACGGAAAAGGCGCCGCCAUCCAAAACGGCAUCUGGAUAUGGGCGAUAUACCGACACGGUGCCACUACCGCAAACAAAAAGAUUUGAGACUCCACUACCUGAGAGACCUUCAUCGUCAUCCGUCCAGAGGUACCCGGUAUCCACUGGACCCCAGAGUACAGCUGACUUCCGUUCUCGGCCACUUCCAAAGGAUACCCACACCCCAUCCACCGGUCUCCAACAUAAUACGAGCCAGCAGCAAGCUUCAUCGACUAAUUCUCGCCCAUCUCAACGCCCAGUAGCACCACCAAAGCCAAAGAGCUUACGAACCGGAGUCCAGUCCGCUAACCAAACAGGUAACAGCGACUACAGUCCAUCUCAACCUCCACGUUCUACCAGACACGCAAAUACUGUCCAAGGCCACUCCACAGAAGACUGGGAAGCCAACUUCAGUCGACGAUACCCAAGCCUGUCUGGACUUGAACUGGUAGAGACGGAGAUAGACAUCCCGAAAGCUCCGUUAGGCCGUACCACAGCAACAACUACAACGGGCAAGGGACUUUAA